UAUGCAGGUGCAUUUGAUCCAGAUCUUCGGUCUGUGCUUGAACUUGCAACAGAUAAUGAGUUGUAUGAACUUGAAAGGAUUCUUUUUGGUCCAAGUUAUUUUAGUCCUUUGUUGAAGUCAAUUAUUAACCCAAAAAGUGACCGCUUCUUCAUUGAGGAGGAUCCUGAAGAACGAGAAGAUUUUAUAGAAAACCUUGAGUCUAGGUUCUUGUUCCUUGCAGCUGAUGCACGCUAUACGUUAAGGGGUUGGAGGCCAACAUAUAGAGAUAUCUUGCUAGGUGUGAAGAAAAAAUUAAAUAUACGUUGUUCUAGCAAAUUGCCAACUGAAGAUUUGGAAGCAGAAAUCUUCCUUCAUCUGCUACAGGAGUAUGGAAGUGAACAAGGAUUUGGGACUUCUAGUAGUGAGGAUACAUUGGAACUUGGUCUUGAUAAGUGGAAGGUCCAGGCUCUUACUGCUUUGAAGGGUGGAGCACCAGAGCUAAGUUCAAUGAUUUUGAAGGGUGGUGGGAUGCUUACACUUGGAAGGAUAUAUAAUUGGUUAGCAAGGAGAUUGUCAGGAAAAAUGCUUUUGGAAGCUGCAAACUAUCAGCUAAAGAGUGAAGUUAUCAAGAAGGGUGGUCAUUUAGCUGCUAUCAAUUUAGAGUCCAGAUUUGCAUUGCUUGCAGCAAAACAGGGCGUUGCUGGAGCUGCUGCACGAUACGUCGGGCUUAGAAACACCAUGACUUUGUUUGGACCAAUGCUCUGGGGUACAUUUUUGGCAGAUGUCACCAUUCAGAUGCUUGGAACAGAUUAUGCAAGGAUCUUACGAGCUAUUUAUGCGUUUGCGCAGAUUCGUAUCAUGCGAACUUACCGUUUGUCGUCCAAUGCUGGAGCAAAAGUUUAAUUUUCUGAGUUUGUAAUUAGCCUUUCCAAAUACUUACUCAAGGUAUUGUACUAAUCUUCAAAUCAUCUGCUUCUAAGGUUAUUGAGAUCUCUGUAGAUAUUCUUUUAAAAUGUUUGUUUUGAUUUACUUUCCAU